UUAGAGGGUGGCAUCCUGCGCUGGUUCUCCUCGCCUCAGCCCAACGAUCAGCGGGUCUGGAUGCAACACGCAACACGCAACACCAGGCUAUGCUAUGUUCUUUGGCAACACCACGCAGUAUUUUAAUGUAAUUCCCGUUGCCCUAGAGACGCAGCGCGAAGCCGGAAGUGAUUUCUACAGUCGGGGGUCGUUGUGUUCUGAUGGGUUUUUUCUGGACUUGACCCCAUGAGUGGUAGUCGUACUUCCCCGUUCCGGGACCAAGGAACAUCUGGCCCCAGACAGAUGGGGCUGCUUCUUGACAUGUCAUUGGACGGAGAGGUGGACCCUCGGGGGCGUGAGCGGGAGCUGGAGGCGGAGCUUUUGUCUCUGAUUGGAGAAAGAGGGGGACCGUCUGAAACAAAGGGCGGGGCAGCCUCAGUUUCUAUGGAGGAUAUUGAGCACAUGGCUGCACUGUGUAUGAAAGACCUGGAUGAUGAAGAGGAGGAGGAGGAGCAGGAGGUUGAUGAAGGGAGGAAUCUGGAGAACGAUGCUGACCUCUUGGCGGAGCUAAACAACGUUCUGGAAGACGAUGAAGCAGCGAGGGUCACACCUACCCAACACUUAAACUCCUCUGUGAUUGGCUGUGGAGGCCUGAAGUCCCGCCUCAUGGAGCGGAUUGACAUGUACCAGACGGCGGCGGGAAACGCCCGGGCCACGGGGGAGACCAGCAGAGCCCGGCGGUACGAGCGGGGCCUGAAGACUCUGCAGUCCAUGUUGUCGUCGGUGAAGAUGGGAAAGCCAGUCGACGAGGAUGAAAUCCCGCCCCCUGUUGCCACAGGCAGCAGACCCACGUCUGCCAGUCAGGCAGCUGAGCCAAUCAGAGCAUCUGAGCACCCAGCACGGGGGCUUGCGUCUGUGCACUCAAGCAAUCAGAGCCUCAGACCAUCUCUGCAGAGCACUUCCCCCCAAAACUACAGCCAACGGGAUUCUCAGAAUUCUGUCAUGAAGGACAUGGUGCUGGCCAGGCAGAAAGAGUACAAAGUGGCAGCUGUUCAGGCUAAACAGCGUGGAGACCUGGGAAUGGCCAAACAGCACUACCUGAUAGCCAAGAAAUUGCACACAGUGCUAGAGGCAGUUGACAGAGGAGACUCGGUGGACAUCAGCACCCUACCUCCCCCUCCUGGAGAUGUGGUGGUGGAAAGGCAGAUGCAGACCCAAACCACUGCCUCCCUGUGUGCAGCGCCACCUGUGGCCAAUUCUGCAGCCCCCCGCAGUGUGUCUGAAGCCCUGCAGCAGAGGAUGCAGAGAUACAGGGGGGCCGCGGAGGAGGCCAAGAGCAAGGGGGAUGAGCGCAAGACCCGCAUGCACAUGCGCAUCGUCAAGCAAUACCAAGACGCCAUCCGAUCUCACAAAGCUGGGCGGCCAGUCAAUCUGUCCGAACUUCCUGUCCCUCCUGGGUGCCCGCCCCUUCCGGGGUCAGAGGGCACUGAACAGAACUUGACUGGGGUGGUAGAGGCUGCUGUGAAGUUGGCCAAUCGGGAUGCAGAGGAGGAGGAAUGGGAGGAGCAAGGAGAGGAAGUGCCAAAGCCGUCGGUGAAACCGGUUUCGCAACGUGCUGCCAAAACCUCCGCUCCUUCAUCCCCAAAUCUGAGGGCCCCUGGCACCCCCCCAGCCCCCCGCCAAGGCUCCAAAGCCCAGCAGCAGCUGGACUUCCUGCUGGCGCGGAGGCAGCAGUUUGUGCGCGCCGCUCUGCGCUCCAAGCAGCUGAACGACAUGCAGGGCGCCGCCCUCCACCUCCGCCACGCCAAGGGCCUGGAUCCCAUGAUCACCGCAGCCAAGGCCGGGCUGCCCGUCGACAUCUCCAAGGUCCCCAGUGCUCCAGUGGCAGAGGAUGGUUAUUCUCUGCCUCAGUCCAGUGGCCCAGCGGUGUCACCCCACACCUCUGAGCAGUACAACCAGCUGGUGGAGCUCCUCCGACAGCAGCACGAGAAGUGCCUUGGCUACUCCCAGCAGUUCACCCACAUGGGCAAUGUUGCUGAGACUGUCAGGUUCGAGAAGCUGGCGGAGGAGUGCAUGCACAACCUGGCGGUGCUGAAGCAGGCCCAUGGCAAGGGCUACCCCGUCCCCAAAUUCCACACUGAGGAGCGCACCUUCAGCACCGUGAAGAUCCUUCCCAGUCUGACCAGCAGUGACAUGAUACUGUCCGUAAUGAAGGGCAUCAACCUCCCGGCCCCUUCAGGGGUUUCCCUUAAGGCGAUGGACACCAGUGUGCGUUUUGAGUUUCCGUUCCCCAGCUCGGAAGAAGCACAGAAGGAUAAAACCCGUUUUGUGAAAAACAGCAACAGUCCAGAGUUUAAGGAGCACUUUAAACUCUCCAUCAGUCGAGGUCAUCGGAGUUUAAAGAGGGUCCUUCAAUCCAGGGGCAUCAAGUUUGAGGUCAUACACAAGGGUGGGCUAUUUAAGACAGAGAAGGUGGUGGGCAGCGCUCAAAUUAAGCUGGAAUCCCUGGAGAAAGAGUGCGAGGUCAGACAGCUGAUAGAGGUGCUGGAUGGCCGAAAGCCCACAGGGGGGCACUUGGAGGUAGUGGUGAAAAUUCGGGAGCCCUUGGGGGGGCCCCAGGUGCACGCUGUCACAGAGCGCUGGCUGGUCCUGGACCCCCUCUCCAUGCCCACGGUGGCAGUACCGAACCCCAAACCGCAGGCCGAGACUGUGAAAAACGUCAGUGCCAGAUCGUCGAUCUGCACUCUCCACUGACCGCCCUCAAUGUGACUCUGCCAAAAACCAACCAGAACCCGCCCUGUGCACCCCUGCCCAGCAAUCGGCCGGGCCCAAACCGGACCACUCCCUGUCCCUUCCAGAGACUUUACACAGAGAGACAGGGGAGAAGCAAACGGGACGGGGUCCCUGUCAAAAAUGUAGAUCAGAAGGUCUCUGAGAUUGCACCCAAAAAAACGGGAGUCAAGGAAACAAGGAUUUAUUACACACCUCUACUGAUUAUGUGUGUUCAGGACUACAGGAUCCAGAAACUGGAUUUAAUCUGUUGGCGGGGGUGGUGGGGGAAUUAGCCUGUCGUCACUACAAUAACCGUGCAGUGAAGGAUGGGUAUGAGCAAAUAGAAGCUGCUCUUUUUACCAGACUGAAUUUGAUUGUAUCAUCAUUGUGUUCGCUGAGCCAAGAGGUCAAUAUACAGUACUGUGCAGAAGUCUUAGGCACUCUAGACUUUAUUAUAUAUAUGUUUAUUUUUGUGUGUGUGUAUAAAAGUAUAAAAGAACACAUUUGAGAUUUCCAAAUAUUCAUUUUCCAAAAGAUUUAGUUUUACAGAGACAUUUUUGUAUUCAAUUUUUAAAAGUAACAUAUCGCUGUAAGCAAUUUACUACUUUUUGCAUCAAAACUUGAUCAAGGCUGUCUGAGAUCAGAAGCAAGGAGCCAACCAAAGUCUGCAGAAGAACUGUGGCAAGUUCUCCUACAUGCUUGGACACUGAUUGUCUUAGCCAAUGCUGUCCUGCAGUUCUAUAUCUCAGUGAAGUGAUGCAGUUUUAACACUGGUGGUCACAAAAAAUAUUGAUUUGAUCCAGUUUUUAACUAUUCUGCCAAAUUACUAAAAUGUAAUGUAAAAUGUAUAGUAUGUUUAUUUAGGACCUUUCAUUUAAUUAUUUUUGAAAGAAUCGUAUCUGUACAGAAUGUUAUACAGGUGCCUAAGACUUUUGCACAGUACUGUAUGUGCAUUUUUAUAUUGCGUUCUGCAUUGCAUGUGCAUUGCAUUGUGACCUGAAAAAUUGUGUAUUUGUCUUUCGUUAUGUCUAUAUAUAUACACACUCAGUGAGCACUUUAUUAGGUAUUUAUUCGACUUAUUAGUCGUCUUAUUUUUUUCUUCUGCUGCUGUAGCCUAUCCACUUAAGUUUGGCGCGUUGUGUGUUCCGAGAUGCUCUUCUGCAUACCACUGUAAUGUGUGGUUAUUUGCAUUCCUGUUAUUAGGUCUACCUAAUAAAGUGCUCAGGGAGUCUAUAUUUUUAUUUUAAAAUGUAUACAUAUAAUGUAUAAAACUAUUUGUGGACUGGUGAGUGCUGAAUGGCUUAUUUUCUUCGUUAUGUGAGCGACGUAUUUUGCACAUAUAAUUAUGACAAAACAUACGUCUUUCAAAUGUGAUUUUGAAAUUGGUGCAUAUUCCUCUUUUUUU